UGAUUAACAACCAAAAUGAGGUAAACGACAAUAACGGCACCAGCACCUAACACACACACCUGCAUAUUUCUCAUCUUUCUCCAAACUCAUUUCUUCGAUAAUCUCCAUUAAUGGCUUCUUCUUGCUUAACUAAAUCCAAAAACUUCAUCAUCUUCAAUCUCAAAUCCAAAUCUUCUUUCACAGAUCGCAUAUCUGCCUUCACUAAUUCGCUGUUUCAUCAUCGUCUUCUUCACACUGUGAAUCACACAAUCUCACCAUUACUGGUUCGGAAACAUGCAGGUUAUUCUAGGGUUAAUCGAACCGAUGAUUCUCAUCGGUUUUUUGAACUUGCGUACGUUCAGAGACAGUUGCAUUCUACUGUCAGUGUCAGCAGUGACGUCACUCAGUUGCCCGUUGAAUCACCUUCCCUUCAGAUCCUAGAUUUUCCUGGUGGAAAAGUCAAGUUUACCAAAAAACUGACAUUCACCUCCAAUUCUACCGAGGAAAGGGUCCAUUGUUAUCGCGUGCUUGAUGACAACGGUCAACCAUUCACUGAUGUUGAUUCACUUGAGAUCAGCAAAGAACUUGCUAUCAAGAUGUAUACCAACAUGGUAACACUUGAAGUUAUGGAUACUGUUUUCUAUGAAUCACAAAGACAAGGAAGAAUAUCGUUUUAUGCAACCACAACAGGGGAGGAAGCAAUCAACAUUGCAUCAGCAGCCGCUCUUAAUGAUAACGAUUUUGUGUUUCCUCAGUACAGGGAACCUGGAGUUCUACUGUGGAGAGGAUUUACUUUACAAGAGUUUGCAAAUCAGCUAUUUGGAAACAAGCAUGAGUAUGGAAAAGGAAGACAGAUGCCUAUCCAUUACGGGUCUAGAAAGCUCAACUAUUUUACAGUGGCAUCAACAGUAGCAACACAAAUCCCACAUGCAGUUGGUGCUGCAUAUUCUCUCAAGAUGGAAAAACAAGAUUCAUGUGUUAUCACUUAUUUUGGUGAUGGAGGCACUAGUACGGCAGAUUUCCAUGCUGCUAUGAACUUUGCUGCGGUUUUGGAGGUCCCAGUAAUUUUCUUCUGUCGAAACAAUGGAUGGGCCAUUAGCACACCGGUCAAUGAACAAUUUAGAAGUGACGGUGUUGUUGUUAAAGGGAAGGCGUAUGGUGUUCCUAGCAUCAGAAUAGAUGGUAAUGACGCUCUUGCUAUCUAUAACGCUGUUUAUGAGGCACGAAAAAUGGCUAUUAAAGAACAAACACCUGUUUUGAUCGAGGCGCUCACGUAUAGAGCAGGACACCACACCACAUCAGACGAUUCAACCAGAUAUCGUUCAGUUGAAGAAAUCGAAAGAUGGCGAGGUGAUCAGAACCCUGUGAAAAGGUUUAGAGCAUGGAUUGAAAGCAGAGGAUGGUGGAAUGGCGUGGCUGAAUCGGAAUAUCGUAGCAGCAUAAGAAAGCAGGUGGCACAAGUGAUUCAGGUUGCAGAGCGGGUAGAAAAACCUCCUGUUGCAGACAUGUUCAAUGAUGUAUAUGAUGUUCCCCCUACAAACCUUAACGAGCAGGAGGCUUUCGUACAAAAAACCGUCAAGAAACAUAGACAAGAUUAUCCUUCUGAUGUUCCGCUGUAAAGCAAUCUUCAUCAUUAUGUAUCACUAACCCGAUUUAAGCUAUUUGAAAACAGUGCAAGACGCUCCUAGGCGUAAAGGCCCUGAAAGCCAAGCCGUGGGGCGCCUUAUAUUUUAGUGAAACUUCAUAGAUUACAUUUUCUACCUUGUUAAUACCUAUAAACUAAUUAGGGCC